CUGAGGCUGGAGAAUUUUCCAGCUAAUUCUUGAAUUUUUUUAAAAAAAAAUUUUUUUUCACCCUAGUUUGGCUGGGUGCUCCGUCUUACGGGGCCCCAAAUUUAUUUUGAAAAACCGCCAAAGUGUUAUGGGCAUGCGCAACUGCCUCCACGGCAACAAUAUGCCAGGACAACACAAUAUCCCCGCUGAAGUCGGCGAGCAGCCCGAGCAAGAACCUUUGGAGGCCGCAGGGGCAGCUGCCCCCGGUGCUGGGCCUGGCCCAGCCGAAGAAAUGGAGACCGAACCGUCUGACAAUGAGCCCGUCGCCGACGAGACUUGCACUGAGGUCUUUGGAACCCCUGAAGUCUCCAAAUCUGAGUCCCAGGGCCUCAACCAGGGCAUCGAGGAGGUCCGAGUGGGUGGAGACUACAGCCCACCUCCAGAGGAAGCCAUGCCAUUUGAGACCAAACAGUCCAGCCUCGGAGAUUUCUGGCCCACCUUGGAGCAGCUUGGAACAUCUGGGACCCAAACAGGCAUCAAAGCCUUUAAUCCAGCGCUUUUGGAGCCCAGGACCCCCAGUGGUGAGAACCCAGGCCUGGGAACCUACAGCCCCCCACCAGAAGAAACCAUGCCAUUUGAGUUCAACGAACCUGCCCAGGAAGAUCGUCGCCAGUUGCGCUUGCAAGUCCCAGACCUUGCUCCAGGAGGUCCGGAGGCAGGAGUCGUCAAAGCUCUUCCCGCGGAGCCCGGGAACCUCAGAUUUGCAAACGCUGGCUUCCGAGACGACUACAGUCCUCCACCGGAAGAAUCUGUGCCAUUUGGGCUUGAGAGAGAAGAAUUGGGGGGCGAUAGCCCACCCCCAGGACUCCCCCGAGUCAUCCCACAAAUCGGCAUUGGCGGCGAGUUCCCGGCAGCCGCGGUCCCGAGUGCGCUCAGCCUCGCUCCCGCCGAGAACGCGCCUCCCCUCUGGGUCCACAGCGCCAUUGACAGACCAUUCAGCGAGGCUAUCAGAUCUCCUCCUAACUUCGCAUGCGACAACCCCCCAAUGGAGAUCUCCAGACCCCAGCUUGAGAUUGGCAGAGCCUCCACUAGGGUCGACGACGACACCACUGUCAAUAUGGACGGCCCCCCAAUCGCAAGUGAUGGCCCGCCCAUCGAAGUCUCCGGAGCCCCAGAUAAGAGCGAGUGCGCAGAGAGACCCCCAGUUGAGCGAGAAGCAGCCGAGAUGGAAGGAAGCCCUACCACCGCAGCUGCGGAGGAAGGAAAAGUCCCUUCUCCCGAGAGAAGAGACGGAUCCUUCGCCGAGCCAGAAGCCAUGGAUGCCAAGCCAGCCCCUGCUGCCCAAGCCGUCGCUACCGAACCUGAACCUGACGCCGCCGCCGCCGCCGCCGCCGCCAGCGGAUCUCCUCCGGCCCCAGCAACACCCACGGAUCUCCAGACCGAUUCUGAACAAGAAGUCGGAGCAGCCCCUGCUGUCCGAGCUGAGCCUGACGGAGGGGCAGCCCCGGUCGCCCCAGCCAGCCCUGCCGAGCCUGAAGACGACGGCGGAGUUCCAGCAGCCAGCGGAGUUCCAGCAGCCAGCGGAGUUCCAGCAGCCGAGCCAGCCUCCGAGGCAGUCCCUGCCACCAAGGCCGAGUCUGCCUCCGGGGCAGCCCCUGCCGCCCAGGUGGAGCCCGCAGCAGCGGCAGUCUCUGCCACCCCGGCGGAGCCUGCCGCCCGGGCAGCCCCUAUCACCCCUCCGGAGCCCGCUCCCCGGCCAAUCCCCACUGCUAGAGCCCAUCCAGCUGCCGGGGCAGUCCCUGGUGCCCCAGCAAUGUCAGCCUCCGCUAGGGCAACUGCCGCUAGGGCAGCCUAUGCAGGUCCUCUGGUCUGGGGAGCCAGGUCACUCUCCGUUACUCCCGCCGCCCAGGCAUGCCUUCCUGCCCGCGCAGCUGCCGCCGCCCGGGCAGCCUCUGCUGCCCGGGCAGUCGCUGCCGGCCACUCAAUCUCUACCGCCCGAGCAAUGGCUAUUGGCAGAAUCCCUACCGCCCCAAGCAGGGCCCAUCUUAGACCCCCCAGCCCCGAGAUCCAGGUGGCUGAUCCGCCUACUCCGAGGCCUGCUCCGAGGCAGCCCGCCUGGCCAGACAAGUACGAGCGUGGCCGAAGCUGCUGCAGGUACGAGGAGGCGUCGUCCGUCAUCUGCGAGAUCGACUCCUCUAGUGAUGAGUCGGAAGAAGGGGCCAACGGCUGCUUCCAGUGGCUUCUGCGACGAAACCGCCGCCCCGGCCAGCCCCGGAGCCACUCGGUCGGAUGCAACCCAGUGCGCAACUUCUUCGCCAGAACCUUUGGAAGCUGCUUCGGUCUCUCCGAGAGAUCCCGUUCCCUCAGCCCGAGGAAGGCAAAGGAUCCUUUCGAGGAGAGGCGCAAACAGAUGCGCAAAGAAGCCAUUGAGAUGCGAGAGCAGAAGCGCGCAGAUAAGAAACGCAGCAAGCUCAUCGACAAGCAACUGGAGGAGGAGAAGAUGGACUACAUGUGUACGCACCGCCUGCUGCUUCUAGGGAGAAAAGUGGUGCCGAGCCACGCUGAGGGUCGUUACCGGCCGGAGGCCAGCGCCGGCGCCAGCGAUCCUAGGCUGGACAGGCGGGGGCGUGAGGUGAGCCAGGAACUGCUGGGGUGGGCCCUUCGGGGCUCCCCCGGUUAUGUUCGUGACCGCGGUGGGCUAGGGCCAUCCGGGUGCGCGCCCCCGCCUCGCCUGCUGCUUCGACUCAGACAGCUUGUUGUUGGUGUGUGUUGGUGUCCAUUUUCUGUGUUCGCCUGUGCAUGACAUGCUCAGUGUGUCCCAGUUUUCAUCCAUAGCACCUUCAAUGUACCCGCCGAUUGUGUAUUUGUACUCAAAAAUGGGCUGUCUUGUGAUUUGCGCCACGGCGCGAGCAAAACUUUCCGUGUUGACACACUCUGUGGAACCUCUGUGCGGACUCUCAGCAGCGAGCAGAGAGAAAACACGCAGCAAAGGUGGCUGGGCAUCCUGGGUAAUAUG